CAGAUAUAGUGAAUGCAGGGUCCGGGGAGACCAGAUAUAGUGAAUGCAGGGUCCGGGGAGACCAGAUAUAGUGAAUGCAGGGAUAUAGUGAAUGAAGGGUCCGGGGAGACCAGAUAUAGUGAAUGCAGGGUCCUGGGGAGACCAGAUAUAGUGAAUGCAGGGUCCGGGGAGACCAGAUAUAGUGAAUGCAGGGUCCGGGGAGACCAGAUAUAGUGAAUGCAGGGUCCGGGGAGACCAGAUAUAGUGAAUGCAGGGUCCUGGGGAGACCAGAUAUAGUGAAUGCAGGGUCCGGAGAGACCAGAUAUAGUGAAUGCAGGGUCCGGGGAGAGCAGAUAUAGUGAAUGCAGGGUCUGGGGAAACCAGAUAUAGUGAAUGCAGGGUCCGGGGAGACCAGAUAUAGUGAAUGCAGGGUCCGGGGAGACCAGAUAUGGUGAAUGCAGGGUCCGGGGAGACCAGAUAUAGUGAAUGCAGGGUCCGGGGA